AUGGCAGACAAUAAGAAUGUUAUUUCUGAUGUGAUUCCGGUGAUAACUAAGAUCACGGAACACAAACUUAAUGGUUCGAAUUACCUGAAGUGGAGUAAGACUGUUAGGGUCUAUUUGCGUAGCAUUGAUAAGGAUGAUCACCCUACUAAAGAUCCACCCACUGAUGAUACACGACAAACUUGGCUAAGGGAGGAUGCUCGGUUGUUUUUGCAGCUUCGGAACUCGAUUCAUAGUGAGGCCUUCCUUCAGAGUAUGAGACUGCUAAAUCUCAGAUCCUCUCCAGUUCUGAGAUUUCCUCUUUGCAUGAAACGUUCACAUGGGUCCUUCGUACAGAGAGUACUAAAUCUUCAAAGCCUGCCAGUACUGUUCUUAUUAGCCGUAAUCCAAAUGGACAACAGGGUAAUAGAAGAGGAAGUAGAGGAGGAAUUACAGGCAAUAGAAGUAAUUAGCGUAAUGGAGAGGCUAGUUCUAAUCAGGACUCAAGAGGAGUUAUUUGUUAUUAUUACCAUGAGCUUGGCCAUACAAAAUAUAAUUGUUCGCAACUUCAGAGAAAAAAUCAGCGAUCACAGAUGGUAA